AUGAUUGUACAUCUCCCAAGCAGUUAUCAUGUACAUAAAACGAAAGACGGUGACGAGGUAGAGCUCGUUGAUAAACACAAGGGUGGCCAUUGGCUGUUGAAGAGUUUAAGCGAAAAGAACACUUUAAGCUUGAUAGAUCCAGCAGAAAGACUGUAUGCACACUCGAAGCAGCAUGGAUUCGAUUAUGAAGUUAACUUAUCAAAUGGUCGCGUCAACAUUGAUAGGGAUAGUUACUUUAACAGUUUGAGCUACUUGUUUGCGUUGCCUUCUGGAGUAAAUUGCUCAGUAAAGUCAAGUGAUUUUUACAAUCUUAGAGUGGUUGACUUGGAAACGGAUAAGACACUGGCUACCUAUUCGAAGCAUAAGCACGGAUUAUCACUUCACAAGUACUCGACGUUGAAAAUAAAUCCUGAUUUGUCAGAUCACGAUAAGUUGCUGCUUAUUAUGGUUUGUCUGCAGAUGAACAGAUGA